AUGUUUUCUCACAGUGACAAGUCCCGCCAGUCGAGCGGCGGCAAGAGUUUCUUCUCCCGGAAGAAAGACAAAGCGAACGACCCGCCGCCGAUGCCCGAGCCCGCCGCGCGACACAGUCAACGCAGCUCGAUAUCCACGAUAGAACAGGAGGAGUACGCCCGUCUCAAUGGCGGCGCUGCUGGUCAAGAUGGGCUCGCAAUGCAGGCUGGCGUCCUCACUAGUCUGCCCUACGAUGCCAUGGCCAAAGACACCAGGCCGCCCGUCCUGGUCGAUCACGCGGACAGACCAGUCUCAAGACGAAAUGAGCCGCUCCCCCAUCACCUGAACAAAGGAGGAGGAGACUUCCACCAGUAUCCGGCCAUUGAUGCCAGCGGGCUCCCUCCCAGGCCGCCGACCCAUGGCAGUACCGUCACUCGCGGAGGUACCACUCGCUCCUUCGAAUCCGACAACAACGGAUACGCGCAGUCACGAAGCUCGAGCGAUCACGGCAGCGUGCGUUCCAACUCCUCGUACGACCGGAGACAAUACAUGCACGCGAGUGCCAGUCAAGCAUCCUUUGCGCCAACGCACCAAGAUUAUUCACAUUCGCCGCUGAGAGGCUCUUCUACACCACGCGGAGCGGAACAACAUCCACAGUACUUGAAUGCGCAUAAUCCUUCAGCGUUCUCGAGUUCGUCUUCAUUUUCGCCAGAGGGAUUCCUACUGCACAGGCCUACCGAUGACAGGAUCAUUGAGAAGGAGUUUCUGGAGUUGAUGCUCAAACGUGGAUGGAAAAGUCUUCCAGAGCAAGCAAGAAGACAAAUGGAGGCCUACCCGAUCAAUAAGAAGUGGACGCUGGUGCACCAGGAUAGAUUGGCCGAAUGGCAAGGCGAGCAGAAACGCCGGAAUAUGGCGAGGAACACUGUCACCAGCACCGAUGGCAUCAGCCUGUUUGGAAGGAUUGACGAAGAAGGUGCACCAGAAUGGUAUGUUAAGAAGAUACUGGACAACACCAUCACGCCGAAACAGCUACAGAGCUUGGCUGUCAGUCUGCGAACGCAACCCAUCGCGUGGGUGAAAGCUUUUGUGGAGGCGCAAGGGCAGAUUGCUCUGACGAAUGCUCUGGGAAGAUUGAACAGACGACAGGUUUCUGGACCAGCACCUGCUAAUGGCUCGACCUCGGAACGGGACCUGGAUCGCGAAUACGACAUCGUCAAGUGUCUGAAGGCGUUGAUGAACAACAAAUAUGGCGCCGACAAUGCUUUGCAACAUGACACCAUUGUUAUGUCCCUGGCUGGAUCACUGACUUCACCUCGUCUGAAUACAAGGAAGCUAGUCUCGGAACUACUAACCUUCCUAUGCCACUGGGCCGAUGGACAGGGACACGUGAAGGUCCUAUCAGCACUCGAUCAUUUGAAGGCACAGCAGAACGAAAAUGGACGGUUCGAUGCCUGGAUGCGUAUCGUCGAGGUCACCAUCGAUGGCCGUGGCAAGAUGGGCUCCCUUGUGGGCGCUUCAGACGAAGUCCGGAGUGGUGGUAUUGGCAUGGAGAACCUGCUCAUGGAAUAUGCGGUCGCUUCUCUCUUCUUAGUAAAUUCAAUGGUCGAUGCCCCGGAGAGAGACCUGCAGCUACGAUGCCAUAUCCGGGCGCAAUUUGUCGCCUGCGGUGUAAAGCGUAUCCUCACGAAGAUGGAAGAUUUCCAAUACGACAUUAUUGAUAAGCAGGUUGAACGGUAUCGAAUCAAUGAGGCGAUUGACUAUGAGGAUCUCCUGGAGCGGGAAAACAGCUCUAUGCACGAAAGCAUGGAAGGCGAGGGCAAAGACCUGAACGAUCCUGUGCACAUCGUCGAGGCCAUUCAGCAGAGGAUAGCGGGUAGUAAAGAAGGCGACUACUUCCUAUCCGCAUUGCAACACCUCCUACUUAUCCGGGACAACGAAGGCGAGGAUCGACUCAAGUUGUUUCAACUUGUUGAAAGCAUGCUCUCCUAUGUAGCAAUGGAUCGGAGGCUGCCAGACAUGGAUCUCAAGCAAUCUCUCAAUUUCUCCGUCCAGAGUCUAAUGGACAAGCUAUACACUGAUUCUGAGGCACGACAAGCAAGAGAAGCCGCUCACGAAGCCAAGUUGAUCGCGGAUGCGGCAAUCGCAGAGCGCGAUGAGAUGAAGUCGCAGGUCGAGCUAGGUGCGGAUGGGCUUGUUGCGAAAUUGCAGAAACGACUGGACGAGCAGGCCGCUAUAAUCGAUCUGCACGCAAGGCAGACAGAAGCCUUCAAGGCUGAGCUUGCGGAACUGCACAGGAUUCGUGCGCAAGAUCUGCAACGGAAUGAGCUCGAAACCAGAGAGCUCUACCUUAUGCUUCGGGAUGCGCAGGAUAUCGCGGCAUCGAGCGCCAAAAAGUCAGGCAAGAAUGGGGCACAGGCCGACCCAGCUACCAUGAAAGGCAUUCUGGACCGGGAGCGGCUCAUGGAUCGAUUGGAGAUGCAAUUGGAACGCGCCAAAACACAAGCCAAGCUGGAAGGCAAAGUAUGGCAGCAAUUCAAUCCUAGCGACAAGCUUAGAGAGCUUCGCGAGAAGAUGGAAGGUGCCGGUCUGCAGCCAGAUGGGCUCGAUUCACAGAUGCAGUAUCUUGGUUCUGCUCCUCGCACGAAGAGCGCGAUUCAACGCAAGCCUCUGGCGCGCAAGGAUGCCGAAGAAUCCACCUACGGCGAGGAGAUUGAAAUGGACCUUAGUGAAGAAGAUGCCAUCUACGAGAAGCCGAGACUGGUGGAGAUGAAGAGACCAAAGAUUCCAACAGCCGUCGCUCAAGCUCAGCAGGGCAUGCUUUCUGAACUAACGAGCAAGACGCAACGAAUUGACGGCAGCGACGACGAGGGAGAUGGUAUUACCACCGGCCCAAGCCAUCCAAGCUUGGAAAGCGAAAGCCCGCGGACUCCAACUAGCGACAGCGCAGACCAGCCCAAAGGCAAAUUUGAGAAAGGACCGGAGUCAGCACCUCUUCCGCCGCCGAUACCUUCAACGUUUGAUGGCGCUCCACCUCCUCCGCCGCCUCCCAUGCCUGGCUUCUCUAACAAUGCUCCGCCACCCCCGCCGCCUCCUCCUGGAGCUGCUGGCUUCAAGACCAAUGGCGCUCCUCCGCCGCCUCCAAUGCCCGGCUUUUCUGCUGCUGCACCCCCUCCUCCUCCGCCACCUCCUCCUGGUGGUUUCGCAAAUGGCGCUCCACCUCCGCCGCCACCGCCUGGGGCACCUCCCCUACCUGGACAACGAGCAGGUGGGUUCUUGCACAAGCCAUUUUACACUGGAGCACCUGGCUCCGUUGGUCCAAUUGCGCCCAGACCGAAGAAGAAGCUCAAAGCUCUGCACUGGGAGAAAAUCGACUCGCCAGAGAUCACGAUGUGGGCAGCACACACUCCCACAUCCGAGCAAAAAGAAGAGAAGUACCAGGAACUCUCCAAGAAAGGCAUUCUCGACGAGAUUGAGAAGUUGUUCAUGGCCAAGGAAAUCAAGCAGAUUGGCAAGACCAGCAGCAAAGCUAAGAGCGAGAAGAAGCAGGUCAUCGCCCGAGACCUUGCGCAUACGAUGCAAAUCAGCCUUGCCAAAUUCUCUAAUCUCGAUGCCGAAGAGGUAACACGCAUGGUCAUCCACUGCGACCGCGAUAUCCUCGACAAUGAGACUGUUAUGGAGUUCCUUCAACAUGAACAACUUUGUACACUGCCCGACAAUGUUCAGAAAGGACUUCUGCCAUAUUCUAAGGAUUGGGCCGGAGCGGAUGCGCUCAAGACCGCACGAGAGCAGGAUCCGCAAGAGCUCACAAAGGAGGAUCAGAUCUUCCUGUACACUGCAUUUGAAUUGCGCUCUUAUUGGAAGGCUCGAAUGCGAGCGCUGGCAUUGACCCGAAAUUACGAAGGUGAAUAUGACGAAAUCUCUGGCAAGAUCAAACAAGUUGUCGACGUAUCUGAGGCUUUGCGGGACUCCGUGAAGCUCAUGCCUGUCUUUGGACUCAUCUUGGAUAUUGGAAACUACAUGAACGAUUCCAAUAAGCAAGCUCAUGGCUUCAAGCUAUCAUCGCUUGCUCGGUUGGGAAUGGUCAAAGACACUAACAACGAAUCUACUUUGAUGGACUACGUUGAGCGUGUUGUUCGGAAACAAUACCCACAGUACGAAGGCUUCGCUGACGACAUCCAUGGUGUCCUUGACACCGCAAAGAUCAACAUGGAGCAGCUGCAACAGGAUGCUAAGAAGUACAUUGACAACAUCAGCAACGUGCAGUCAUCGCUUGACGCGGGAAAUCUGAGCGAUCCAAACAAGUUCCAUCCAGAAGAUCGAGUGAGUCAGGUUGUUCAAAGGUCGAUGAAGGAAGCUCGGCGCAAGGCAGAGCAGAUGCAGCUCUACCUGGACGAAAUGAAUCGGGUCUACGACGACAUUCUCACCUUUUUCGGCGACGAUAACAAGGAUGAAAACGCAAGGCGAGAGUUCUUCACCAAGCUUGCUAAUUUCUUGAAAGAAUACGAGGUAAGUGAUCGAGCAUCUUGCUACGAGUAGUGACCAGACCUGACUAUUUCGCAGAAAUCGCACAAGAAAAAUCUCGAACUUGAAGAAGUUUGGCGUCGAAAUGAAGAGAAUAUGCGUCGUAAGCAGCUGAAAGGGCAGGCCAGCAGUAAUAACAUUACUGCAUCGGAUGCCGGGACUACCACCGCUCCUACGGGCGCCAUGGACGCUCUGAUGGAGAAGCUCCGUGCGGCCGCGCCACAAACACGCGACCAACGUGAUCGAAGAAGGCGUGCUCGUCUGAAGGAUCGCCACCAGGUACGCGUGGCGUCGGGACAGCAGAUCCCUGAGACCGGAGAGAACAUGAGCGAGACCGGCUUGCUCAGUCCCGCCAAGACCAACGACUCAGAAGAAGCGGCUCCCAUCGAAGAAGCUGCAUCAGAAGGCGAAGACAUUGCGGAUCGCGCUGCAUCGAUGCUCCAAGGCUUGAGAGGAGAUGGCGAGGGAGAAGGAGAGGCUCUCGCUCGCGACGGCUCUCUCAAUGUACGACGGCGUCGUGAAAGCGCCAAUGACGAAAGAGCACAAAGGCGAGCCAGAAGGAGAGGUGCUGGUACCAGCACUGACACGACCGCUCAGAGCACGAUUACCGAGGAGACGGAGGCCACUGCAGGAGUGCCGCCCACGGAAGAGAACGACACUAAAGAGGAAGAAAGCCGAAGAGAUUCUGAAGAGGAGCAGUUGCCGACGCCGACUACUGUCGUUGUCCCACCUUCACCAACAGCAUCCGAAGGCAAGAGAUCCGAGGAGUAG